GGUGGGGAAAGCAGCCGACGGGCAGCCGCGCCAUCGCUCGCAGCUCGCCGAGUUUGCAGCGGUGGCCCCGGCAACAGGCAAGCCGGCCCCGGUCGCAGCUCGCUCCUCUCCGGAAGCUCCGGAGGGAGGGAAAGAUGCUCCGUCCAGCCGGGAACCCGCCUCUUCGACCCCGCAACUUUUUAGCUCCCGGAGCCCCGCAAUAGAGCCGCCCCCGCCGCGAUGGCCGUGCAAGCGGCUCCGCUCCCGCCUCCCCACCACCAUCCCUUCGUCCCCUUCGGCUUCCCGCCGGCCGAUUUCGAGGGAGGCGGCGGCGGCGGCGGCGGAGCGCUGCUGCUGCUGGAAGGCGUCGGCGGGGCCCACAGCGGAGGCGGCGGCAUCGCUUCUUGCACCGACCCGGGCGACUUCCGCGAGGCGACCCGCGAGCUGCUCAGCUUCAUCGACUCGGCCUCCAGCAACAUCAAGCUGGCCCUGGACAAGCCGGGCAAGUCCAAACGGAAAGUCAACCAUCGCAAGUAUCUGCAGAAGCAGAUCAAGCGCUGCACCGGCCUCAUCGGCGGGGCGUCCGCCAACCCGGAGGCCGCCGCCGCCGCCGUCUCCGCCUCUUUCGCCGCGGCAGCUCCCGGUCCGGUUCCCGCUUCGGCCGCCAACGCCACCAAGCCAGCGUCGACGUUGACGGCGCCCUCUAGCGGCGGCGCGGCAUCGUCCUGCAGGCCUGCGGCCAAACGCGAGAGCCACGCGCUGCAGAGCAAAAGUUUAGCGGCGCUUUUCGACGCCUUGCGCUCGCCGGGUUUGGAGCGAAAGGGAUCCCCGACGGCCGCGGCAAGCGCGGCGGCGGCGGCUGCUCCCGCCGCCGGGCUGGGGAGCGACGUGGGCGGCAAGGAGGCCGGGUCUAGCCCGGCGGCGGCGGCGGCGGGGGGCGCCUGCAAGAAGGUGCCUCUGCGGAACCGCAACCUGCCCGUCUCCUUCUUCACCGAGCCGGCCCCGCCAAGCCGGGCGCCCAAUCCGGCCGGUUUGGAAGAAGCCGUCCCGUCGGUGGCCGAGGAGCUUUUCGAUCUGCUGGCCGCCGCUCCCGAUUACCGCGCCUUGCUGCAGGAGUCCGCGGAGCCGCCGGCCGUCUUUCCGGGCCCCGCUUUGCAAGCGGCGGCGGAGCUGCCGCUGGAGCCGCCGUUGUACGAGCCGCUGCCGUCGCUGGCGCCCCUGCUGUAUGCCGAGCCCCCCUUGCGCCCCCUGCCGGCCCUCUACGCCGCCGUCGCCGCCGCCGCUUCGGAUCCCGCGGCGCCCUUCUUUGCGGAUUGCCCGCUGCCCCCUCCCCCGGCCGUGCCCUACGAUUACGGCUACAAUCGGGGGGUGCCUUACCCCAGCCUUUAGCCCUUCGUGGACGGAAGGGACGAGGAAGCGGGGGUGGGGUGGGCUGGGGUAGGAGGAAUGGCGGGACCCCCGCUAUCGGGGGCCAAGCGAGUGAGGUGUGGCCUUGGAGGGCGAGGGAGCUCUGGAAGUGGCCACCGACUCAUUGUAGGACUACUUCGGAAAGACUUGGGCAGUCCGGCCCUGCCUGAUGACCUCUGGGUGUGCCGGACCCCAUCUCCCAUCCUCCUCCAAGCCUCACCUCCAAUUAUGCAGACUUGGGUUGAACUUCCGGAGCGGUCCUGAAAGGCUUUGAUCAAAGGAAAGUUGGAUGGGGACAGUUGAAGAGUGACUCUGUAGGACUACUUCGAGAAAGCCUGGGCAGUCUGGCCCUGCCUGAUGACCUCUGGGGGUGCCGGACCCCAUCUCCCAUCCUCCUCCAAGCCUCACCUCCAAUUAUGCAGACUUGGGUUGAACUUCGGAGCGCUCCUGAAAGGCUUUGACAUCAAAGGAAAGUUGGAUGGGGACGGUUGAAGACUGACUGUUAAGAGAACCAGUAGCCUCUUAAUGGAAGAGGCCCCUUGUUCCCAGGAAUUUGGGGGAGCCCCAGGAUAGUUAGCCUAUGUAAAGUCUUAAAUCGAGAUCACUCUAUAAUUGUAACUUCUUCAUACUCUUUAUGGGCCAGUUUUGUCCAAGCUGAAUAAGUUCUUGUGAUUUGGGGGGAAGAAUUCAUGUUGGACAGGAGACUUGGGAUUUGCCUGCCUAGGUUGGGUUCCAGAAGAAAAUCAUAAAGGUCCCUGGUGGUUAGAAGGCAGUAUUGCAGGCUAACUCUGCCCACUGCCAGGAGUUCGAUCCUGACGGGGCUCAAGGUGGACUCAGCCUUCCAUCCUUCCGAUGUCGGUAAAAUGGGGGACCCAGAUUGUUGGGGGGCAAGUAUGCUAACUCCCUAAACCACUUAGAGAGGGCUGUAAAGCACCAUGAAGUGGUAUAUAAGUAUAUUGCUAUUUCUUGAUCCGUCUUCUCUGUUUGCACAUCUGAAUCAAGUUCGGUGUGCAGACGGCCAACUAUUCUCUGAAGUGUGAAUCUGAAGGGGCCUCAUUUGUAGGAGAACCAAAAGAUCUAAGGUUUACUUUUGUGCAAAUGUGCAAAGGAUGGGGGGGGUGAGGGGAGAGUUCCUGGAAUGGAAAGUUUCUACACAGAAGGCUGGAGAUGGCCCUUUUAUGACUCGUGGACUUCAACUCCCAGAAUUCCUGAGCCAGCAUGGAGGAAACUUUGGCUCCUUCAUGACUUGUGGACUUCAGCUCCGAG